UGACAGAGAAAGCAAAGGCCAAGACGCAGUGAGUGAGAGUCUCGAGCUGCAAAACAGAGCAGAUCAGAGAGAUUUUCUCUUUCAGACAAUGGAGUAUCGGAAAAUCAAAGACCAGGAUAAAGAUGAAGAUUCAGUUAGCGAGGACGUCGAGAGCUUGCGCGGAAAACCGCUCUCUGUUGCCAGCGGCUUGGGAGGCGGUCCAAUCGAUCGGUCCAAGUGGAAGAGAAAGUCAAUCGUCACACUUGCGUUGACUGUUCUUACGAGUUCGCAAGCGAUUCUGAUCGUGUGGUCGAAGAGAGCUGGAAAAUACGAGUACAGUGUUACCACUGCGAAUUUCUCGGUGGAGACUUUGAAAUGUGCAUUGUCGCUUGCUGCCUUGGCAAGAAUCUGGAGCAAUGAAGGUGUUACAGAAGAUAACAGGUUGAGUACAACCUUGGAUGAAGUUAUUGUUUACCCCAUUCCUGCACUGCUUUACCUUGUAAAAAAUUUGCUUCAGUAUUACAUCUUUGCAUAUGUGGACGCUCCAGGAUAUCAGAUUCUAAAGAACCUGAACAUUAUCAGCACUGGUGUAUUAUACCGAAUUAUACUCAAGAAAAAGUUAAGUGAAAUUCAGUGGGCGGCUUUUAUUCUGCUAUGUGCAGGAUGUACCACAGCACAACUAAACUCAAAGUCAGAUCAUGUUCUUCAAACUCCCUUCCAAGGUUGGGUGAUGGCUAUUGUCAUGGCACUCUUAAGUGGGUUUGCAGGAGUGUACACUGAGGCUAUAAUAAAAAAGCGUCCUUCAAGGAAUAUAAAUGUGCAAAACUUUUGGUUGUAUAUUUUUGGAAUGGCCUUCAAUGCUGUUGCUAUAUUGGUUCAAGAUUUUGAUGCAGUGAUGAACAAGGGAUUCUUUCAUGGAUAUUCAUUUAUUACGGUCCUAAUGAUUCUCAAUCACGCACUCAGUGGCAUUGCUGUAUCUAUGGUUAUGAAAUAUGCUGACAACAUCGUUAAGGUGUAUUCAACUUCAGUGGCAAUGCUCCUCACAGCAGUUGUUUCUGUUUUUCUUUUUGGCUUUAAUCUUUCUCUUGCCUUUUUUCUCGGCUCAACUGUUGUCUCGGUAUCAGUAUAUUUACACUCGAUUGGGAAGCUGCAAAGAUAGUAUAAAUAUUCCCUCUUGCCAUCUCUUUCGAUCUCAAUACAUCAAGUCUACUGGGAAGCAGCAAAGACAUCACCAUGGACGGCUCAUCAUUAUGCCACCUGGCCCACCUCUACCCAAUUUGGUCACUGUAAAGGCUUCGUGGUUACUUUCUGAGAUAGUUCCUUCAUGUUUAGAUAAAUAUCUUGAAUACGGGUCCAAAACAUAUAUUCAUAUUAGAUUACAAAAUUUUCCCAUUUUUGAUGUAGUGAUGUAAUGAUGUAAUUGAGGAUGAUACAACUAGCUGAAAGUUUAUUAGACCUUCCAGUUUCAUGUAGGCCCAUUGGCUAUGGCAUUGGCACAGGAAGCACAUGACAUUGAGCGUUUUGCCUUGAAAAAAUGUUGGUCUCAGAAGAGUGCAAGUUGAAUGGAAGAUAAACGACAUGUCUACGAUUUCUGAAAAACGACAAUGUCAUUUGAUGUUAAAAACGACUGUAAGAUUAUUAAGGAAAAUUUUUUUUUCCCUCUUUUUGCUGAAUCAAUUAUUAAGGAACU